UGUGUGUGUGUGUGUGUGUGUGUGUGUUGCAGUGAGAGGGGCCUGGUCCUGCUGGUCGUCCUGGUCUCAGUGCUCGGUGGGCUGCGGCGGUGGUCACUACCAGCGCACGCGCUCCUGCAGCAGCCCGCCUCCCGCGGACGGAGGAGACAUCUGCAUCGGGCUGCACACCGAGGAGGCGCUGUGCAACACACACACCUGCGAUGAUGCUUGUGCAGAGAGGAGGCAGCAGCCGGAGCAGCCUGGUGGUGAACGGCAGAUUGAUAGUAAAGGUGGCUGGAUGGCCUGGUCGCUGUGGUCGGCCUGCGACGACUCGGGCCUGCAGAUGAGGAGUCGGGCGUGUGGCGUUCAGGGAAACGUCCCCUGCGUGGGAAACGGGACGCAGCGCAGGGACUGCAAUGAAAUACCUGUCAUUCUCCCUGCGUCUGGUUUUGACCAGGACCAGCAGUGUGGAGCCUUCACCUCCAUCCACCUGAUCGCCACCGGCGUGUCCUGCUUCCUGGGCGCCGGCCUGCUGUCCUUCCUGGUCUACGUUUACUGCCAGCGCUUCCACAAGCCUUCGCAGGAGUCGGCCGUCAUCCACCCCACCACGCCCAACCACCUCAGCUACAAGGGCAACGCCACGCCAAAGAACGAGAAGUACACGCCCAUGGAGUUCAAGACGCUGAACAAAAACAACCUGGCGCCGGACGAGCGGUCCAACCUGUACCCGGCGCCGCCGCAGCCCAACGUCUACACCACCACCUACUACCCCACGCCGCGGGGCAAGUUCGACUACCAGCCCAACUCCUCCCCCUCGCCCUGCAGGACCUACAACCACAGCAACAACAACAGCUGAGAUGCAGCCCCCCCGCCCCCUCCUGCCCCGCCCCCUCAUGCCCCGCCCCCCUCCUUAAACGGACGCCAUGGUGACAGAACUGACGCAGCGUGAACGGCCUCUGCUCCGCCCACUCUCUUCUCCAUGGGAGGGUUUGUGUUCUCUGGGGCCGAUCUGGAACUUUCCAAGGGGGGAACAUGUGGACAGCGAUGCCCCCCCGGCCCCCCCCAGCCCCCCCCGGCCCACCCGGCCCCCCCAGCCCCCCCCCGGCCCCCCCGGCCCGGCGCAGUCAUUGACAAGCAGCCAGCUGGGGGUGUUGGGUUCAGGCCCCGGGUGGAUUAAAGCAGUGUCAGCUGGGAUCCUCAGAACGUUCUGAUCCUGGUUCUGAGUCAAAGAGGAGGAACUCUGAAAACACUGACGCCCUCCUCAAACCCCCCUCCCCCCACCCCCCCACCCCCACCCCCACCACCUGAACGAACCAGGAGUCCCUCUGCAAUGGUUGUGGUGAUUGGACCGGACAGAUUUGAGCACGAGGCUGGUUCUCCAGCGUUCUCCAGCGUUUCCGCGCUCCCAGCUCCAGAGCAGAGAACGUCGCAGAACGUCAGACUCCUGUUUGGAUGGAGAGGAGGACGCAGACUGGGAGUCUGCUUCCAUUCCUCUCUCUUCUUUUACUUUCCCCAAAAACUCAAUGCAGACUUCUGAACGGGGAUCGAUUGAUUCUCCAAUCGAUCCUCCCAUGAAUGCGUGGAUCUACUGAGAGCUAAUAGCUCGGUGGUCAUAUCACAUAUGGCCAGCGAGCUGAAACCCGGAGGGGUUUGUUAUGAGGGUAGAAUAAGCUAGUAGAAUGGCACUUGUUCCUUUUUUUAAUGCUUGGCUGUUUUUGUAAGUGUUGUGCUCAGACGAGCCGUAGCGUAGCAGCAGGGAUUCUGUUGAGUAAGAUAGAAGUGAUUAAUUCUCGUUUGUCUAAUUUCACUUAGCUGAACAUUUGUUUUGAUUGUCCCACAUGGUUCAUAAAGCGUCUUCAUUACGACUUUAACACACAAAUAAAACAAAGCAAAGAAUUUCAACCAUGUUAUUCUCAAGAGAACGUCCAUUAAUUCCACCCGACAGGAAAAGAAAACUAAAAUCUGACUGAAGCUCGCUCACAUGUGAGAAGCUCACCGCGGGGGGGGGGUGUGUGUGUGUGUGUGUGUUUGUGUCUGUGUGCAUGUGUGUCUGUGUGUGUGUGUUUGUGUCUGUGUGCAUGUGUGUGUGUGUUUGUGUGU